AACAGAGAAAAGAGAGGUGUGACAGAGGAAAGGAGUAUUUGGCACACAGACAGACAGAGAGAAGAAGGGGGCGCUUGUUUUCACCCCUCUCCUCUCCCUUCAGCUUUAAAUGAAGCGAAACAGCCCUUUGAAGAAGAAGAGAGAGGGGCAGUCCUGUACUUCCAUCCAGCCUGGACUGUAAGGAGCAUUUAGUGCUCUGACGCUAACCCAGAUACCAGACACAACACAGAGCUAAAGCCAGCGAGCCAGCUGAGGACCUGACGGAGCGCAGGCAUGAACGACAUCAAGCUGGCCUUGCUGGGAAGCCAGGGGGCUGGGAAAUCAGCUGUCCUUGUGCGGUUCCUGACCAGGCGCUUCAUUGGUGAAUACGCCUCAAACGCCAAUUCCUUGUACCAUAAAAGGCUGUCAAUCGACGGCAGGCAGUUGAAUCUGGAAAUAUUUGACCCCUGCUCUCAGAGCUCAGAGGCCAGGUGUAUACUGGAGGAGCCGGUGGACUGGGCAGAUGGCUUUGUGGUGGUGUACAACAUCAGCGACCGCACUUCCUUCAUCAACGCCAAGAACAUCCUGCGGCAGAUUCGAGAGGCGCGCAUGGACAACUGCAAAGGGGAGACGGAGGUUCCUGUGUGUCUGGUCGGGAACAAGCAGGAUCUGUGUCACGCUCGGCAGGUGCGUGAGGACGAGGGCCGCUGCCUGGCUCAGGAGAACCGCUGUCACUUCCAGGAGGUCUCGGCGGCCGAGAGCUACCAGGACAUCGCCAACCUCUUCACCCAACUCAUCCGCCAGGUGAUGGAGCACCUCAAGUACAGAGCCGACAGACGACGCUACAGCGGGUCCAAGUCUAUGGCCAAGCUCAUCAACAAUGUGUUUGGCAAGAGGAGGAAGUCAGUGUGAUGGUGCUGCUGAUCAGCGGGAGGGACUGGGGUGGCGUGUGUGGACCCACAUUAAAGGGGACUGGCUCAAGAGGCCGCAUGCUGGGUCUGAAAACAGCAGUCCAAACGUUAAGCCUGCGUUCACAUGCACUGUGGGCAACAUGGAUGAUUAGUGAGAAGGUUUGGAUGGAUCAACAUUAACGGGCAGACGUUGGUCUCAAACACAUCUUCAGCAUGUUUUGUUUGCUUCAAUUUGGCCUGAAAUAAAUUUCUCUUUCUCUGUAAUUACAACAAAAAAGAUUUGACAAGGGCAGGGGUUCCCAAAGUUAGGGUCGGGACCCUAAGAAGGGCUCGCAAGAUGAUUAACAUGACAGGAAAGCACACAAACAAAACUUUUUAUCCAGACUUUCCUUUUUAUGCUAAAUGUAAAAGAAACAUUCAAAGGCUGUUCAUUCUUAAGGGGUCUUGAGUUGAAAAGACUUUCUCAAAAAUACCUUAACAAAUUAUUCUAUGAGAUAACAUUUUAAACAAGUGCAGUCUGUAUUUUCUCAUCCUGUCCAAAGACAUAUGUACUGUGUGUGUGUGUUUAUUGUUGUCUUCAGUCAGUUGUAGUCCACCUAAUCAAGACUAAGAAUGUAACCAGCCGUCACACCCCAGCUUUCACUGCUUAGCAUGUUUUGGUACACACUUUAGCACAGAAAAUUUACUGCUGGCAUCAGCGGCUAUUUUCCAUGCAUAGUUUCUGUCUGGUUCACAGCUGCCAUUUUUCAUAUGAAACUUGCACAGGAUGCUUUAAAUGGCUGUAAUCCGCUUCUUCUUCUUCUUCUUCUUCUUCUUUCACCACACAUAACUGCUGAUCAGUACAAGGCUGAUUGGCUGGUGACAGUUUGCCCUGAAACUCCCUAAUCAAGGUGCUCACAUUGUGAACUCAGGCUUACUGGCUGUCCCUGCUGCCAGCUGGGCUGCAUUCACUGUCUGUAAUGUGGGGGAAAAAGCAGUCUUCAGUUCAGUGAGGUGCAGCCUGCUGCUCUGCAUGUUUUUAGAAUGUUUUCGCUGAGGGAAAAAGCCUGUUUUAAUACACUUUGCUGACACUUUAAUGAUGUUUCUAGAUAUAUUUUAUUAUUUUUUUCACAGCAGUGUUACUCUUUGGAAGCCAUAGUGCUUGUUUAUAGUUGAUUUCUAUACUGUUGUGUUAUACUCUCUGUGGUAGCCAUGAUGAAACGCAUCAUUUAAAUUCAUCCACCGGUAAAAUAAUAUAUGUAAUCAUUUCAUACUGUGUAUAUAUUAAUUGGUAAAGUUAAUUAUAUUUAUUUGGUCUUUUCACAGAUUCUAUGAAAUUCAAAAACAUCCUGAAUGUGUCUUUUGAACUUCAUGUAUAAAAACCCCACUAACACACACCAGUUAAAGGCAUGAACUCAUUUAAUGUUUUGCUGUUGUUCUUCUUAAAUCCAGUUAUGUCACCACGAUGCUGUACAGAAAGACUGUACCACACACCGUGAACAGAAGUUCACGUGUGCUGUGCUUUGGAGAUGAAUGUUCCUUUUGUAAAUACUGUAAAAACAUCAGCUGUUCCAGAGGAAAUUAAAGUUAAACACUGUUUAAUAAAAUCCCCGUUUCGGCUCUUCAGAUGGGCUUCUGUUCUGCUUUGAGCUUAACUUUAAUUAGAUGACCAUGAGAGGAGACAUUUCUUGAAAGCUUUCAGAGAAGAGGAAUUUCCUGUGUGAAGCUGCUAAAAAUAGCUGGUUUGAAGGGAGGAGAAGUGAUAAGUGAACCGGUAUUACAGGCUACUGAAUCACGGCUGCUUAAACAGACAAGGUUCCUAAACUUGCCACUAGAUGGCAGCACAGUUAUCAAAAUAGCUUAAUGAUCGAAUCUCCAAAUGCUCCCACAUUUGGACUGAAAAUGUUUCUCUGCUCAUUUAUUCAGGUUUGUCUUGUAAUUAGUUAGACCACUGAAAGCAGUUUUGGGAAACAUGUAGAGAUGUUUUUGGAAUUUAGCAUUUUCGUGUAUAUUUGUGAUAUUAGGUGUUAUCUUUAAACAUCAGUCACGGC